CUUUGCUGGCAGGAGACAGGGCACUGGCCAAUGAUGUCACAGUUUCUGUCUUCUACGUCACAGGUGUCAACGUGACACCGUCUCAGGAGGGUCUGGUACCAGCACACACGUCUGAGCCCUGGGGCCCUCAUGAUGGCAGCACUGAGUCUGUCACCCCCGAUGGCUCUGCCCAGCGAGAAUGUCCGGGAAUCAGAAAUUCUACUUCCGCCCAGAGACCUUUCCUGUCGCCUGGAUGGGGACCAGUUUGCCCAUGGUGACCCGGAGUCCCCAAGACCAGCCAGUAUUGGCUCCCAGGGAGCCCUGACUUUCCAGGAUGUGGCUGUGGACUUCAGUGACAAGGAAUGGCCCUUGCUCGAUUCAUCCCAGAGGAAGCUAUACAAGGACGUGAUGUUGGAGAACUACAGCAACCUGGCCUCUGUGGGGUACCACAUGGGCAAGCCUAGCCUCAUCUCGCACCUGGAGCAGGAGGAGGAGCCAAAACCUAUGGAGCAGGGGGCUCAGCCUGGCACCUGUCCAGACUGGGCGAAGCCCUCCAAGUCCCGGUGGGCCCUGCUCAUGGAAGAUAUCUUCGGGAAGGAGACAUCCGGCAGCGCGGUUGAGGACAGAGCAGAUAUGGGGGACCUACCCCCAGAAUACGCCCACCUGCUGGAGGCUUUCGGCACCCAACCCCACCCGGCGGUGCCAGCGGCCAAGCGCCGGGGGCCGGCCCCCAAGCCUGGGACGCGUAAGAUGCACGAGUGCCACCAGUGCCAGAAGGCCUUCACCACCAGCGCCUCCCUCACGCGCCACCGCCGCAUCCACACGGGCGAGAAGCCCUACGGCUGCGGGGCCUGCGGCAAGGCCUUCAACGACCCGUCGGCCCUGCGCAGCCACGCGCGCACCCACCUGGCCGAGAAGCCCUUCGCCUGCGCCCAGUGCGCCCGGGCCUUCCGCACGCUCUCGUCCCUGCGCAUCCACACGCGCGUGCACACGGGCGAGCGGCCCUACAAGUGCGACGAGUGCGGCAAGGCCUACGGCCGCAGCUGCCACCUCAUCGCCCACCGGCGCAGCCACACGGGCGAGCGGCCCUACGCCUGCCGCGACUGCGGCAAGGCCUUCCAGCACCCGUCGCACCUCAAGGAGCACGUGCGCAACCACACGGGCGAGAAGCCCUACGCCUGCGCCCAGUGCGGCCAGUCGUUCCGCUGGAAGUCCAACUUCAACCUGCACCGCAAGCACCACGCGGCGCCCAAGACCUACGCCUGCCGCGACUGCGGCAAGGCCUUCGGGGACCCGCGGGCCCGGCGGCGCCACAUGCGGGUGCACGCCGUCAAACGGCCCGUCGAGUGCCGCCAGUGCGGCAAGGCCUUCCGCAACCAGUCGGUGCUCAAGACGCACAUGAACUCGCACACGGGCGAGAAGCCCUACGCCUGCGAGCUGUGCGGCAAGGCCUUCGGCGCCAGCUCCAACCUCACGGCCCACCGCAAGAUCCACAGCCAGGAGCGGCGCUACGAGUGCGCGGCCUGCGGCCAGGUCUUCGGCGACUACCUGGCCCGCCGGCGCCACAUGAGCGCCCACCAGGCCAAGCCCCGCGUGGAGUGCCGCCAGUGCGGCAAGGCCUUCCGCAACCAGUCCACGCUCAAGACCCACAUGCGCAGCCACACGGGCGAGAAGCCCUACGCCUGCGAGCACUGCGGCAAGGCCUUCAGCAUCGGCUCCAACCUCACGGUGCACCGGCGCAUCCACACCGGCGAGAAGCCCUACGCCUGCCCGGCCUGCGGCAAGGCCUUCAGCGACCACUCGUCCCUGCGCAGCCACGUCAAGACCCACCGCGGGGAGAAGCUCUAUGCCGCCCCGUCGUGGAAGCGGCUGCAGUGAAGCCGCAGGCGGACACAGAC